UUUUUUCCCCCCUCCUUGUUAUUCUGGCAGCUAAGCAAGCCGGGAUCGGAGGCGUUCGAUUGAAGGGCUCGUGUUAAGCAUCUGGUAACUGGGAUCGUAUUCUCCUGUAUUUUUUCAGGCUCCUUGGAAAUUGAGGAAUGCAAUUCUGCCACCAUGAUGGAAGGAUUGAAAAAACGUACAAGGAAGGCCUUUGGUAUACGCAAGAAAGAAAAGGAUACUGAUUCCACAGGGUCGCCAGACAGGGACGGCAUCCUGCCCAGCCCUCAUCCCAAUGAGCCACCUUGCAAUAGCAAACCCGAGAGUGCGCGUGAAGGAGGAAAAAAAAAUUCGAAGAAAACGAAUGGAGCCCCGAAUGGAUUUUAUGCGGAGAUCGACUGGGACAGAUACAAUUCACCUGAGCUUGAUGAGGAGGGAUACAGCAUCCGACCUGAGGAACCAGGCUCCACCAAAGGAAAGCACUUCUACUCCUCGAGCGAAUCCGAAGAGGAAGAGGAGGCGCACAAGAAAUUCAACAUUAAGAUCAAGCCUCUGCAGGCUAAAGACAUCCUGAAGAGCGCGGCGACGGUGGACGAGCUGAAGGCGUCGAUAGGCAACAUUGCACUUUCUCCAUCCCCCGUGAGGAAAAGUCCGGUAAGAAAUACAGGGACGAUUAAAAGGAAUUUAUCCAGUGAGGAGAUCGCGCGGCCCCGGCGUUCCACGCCGACGCCGGACCCCGCCAGCAAGAAAGCCGGGGAGGACCCGGCCGCGCUGGCACCGCUCUUCGGGCCCCCGCUGGAGUCGGCGUUCGAGGAGCAGAAGCUGGACGCUACUCUAGAUCAGCCUGAGAUAUGGGGCUCGGUCCAGCCGGUCAACACAAGCGUAGAGUCUCCAAAGCUACCGAGACCUUUCCCAACUGGAACUCCUCCGCCGCUCCCACCGAAAAACAUCCCGGCCACGCCGCCACGCACCGGCUCUCCUCUGACGGUGGGAAUAGGAGGGGACCAGACAGCAGCAGAGCUCAAAAGUGACAAACUUCCGUCCAUCAAUGACUUGGACAGCAUUUUUGGCCCCGUGCUAUCCCCCAAGUCUGCUGCUGUUAACGCAGAAGACAAGUGGGUCAAUUUUUCCGAUCAAUCCCCGGAAAACACGACUCCGGAGUUGACGCCCCGGGAAAAAGCGGGAUCCCCGCCGGCGGCAGCGGGCAGCCCGGCCGAUGCUCCGGCGGCCGAGCCCUCCCGCCCGAUCCCCUCGCCGCUCCACCUGGAAGAGGUUCACAAGAAGGUUUCUGAGCAGCCCCACCUUAAGGAUGAGAACUUGGAGCCGGCUGCUUCUCCCAAAGAUUUCGGGCUGGGACAAAGAGCGACCCCGCCUCCCCCUCCACCGCCCACCUACCGGACUGUGGUCUCCUCACCCGGACCGGGCGGCAGCAGCGGCACGGGAAGCACCAGCGGUUCUUCGUCCCCGGCUCGUCCCGGCACGCCGCUGGCCGCCUGCGGCACCCCCCCGCCGCCGCCGCCCCGGCCCCCCUCCCGGCCCAAGUUGCCCCCCGGCAAGCCCGCCGUCGCCGACGUGUCCAGGCCUUUUAGCCCUCCUAUUCACUCAUCCAGCCCUCCUCCGAUAGCACCUUUAGCCCGUGCUGAAAGUACUUCUUCCAUAUCUUCCACCAAUUCCCUGAGUGCAGCCACCACUCCCACCGUUGAAGAUGAUGCUUUUAUUGACAAACUGCCCGCGUUUGAAAGGCGCUGUGAAACGCCUGCAGAGAAUGAACAGCCUUCCCUCGUUUGGUUUGACAGAGGAAAGUUUUAUUUGACUUUCGAAGGCUCGUCGCGGGGACCCAGCCCCCUCACCAUGGGGGCACAGGACACCCUGCCCGUCGCCGCCGCCUUCACGGAAACCGUCAACGCGUACUUCAAAGGGGCUGACCCCAACAAGUGUAUCGUGAAGAUCACGGGGGAGAUGGUGCUGUCGUUUCCAGCGGGCAUCACCCGACACUUUGCCAACAACCCCGCUCCGGCGGUGCUCACCUUCCGCGUGCUGAACUACAACAGGCUGGAGCACGUCCUGCCAAACCCCCAGCUCCUCUGCUGUGACAACACGCAGAGUGACGCCAACACGAAAGAGUUCUGGGUCAACAUGCCAAAUCUGAUGACUCACCUAAAGAAGGUAUCGGAACAGAAACCACAAGCCACCUAUUACAAUGUGGAUAUGCUCAAAUACCAGGUAUCUGCCCAGGGUAUUCAGUCUACUCCAUUAAACCUUGCAGUGAGCUGGCGGUGUGACCCUGCAAGCACUGACCUCCGCAUUGACUACAAAUACAAUACAGAGGCAAUGACCACACCGGUAGCUCUAAACAACGUCCAGUUCCUCGUCCCCGUCGACGGAGGAGUAACCAAACUUCAAGCUGUGCUUCCUCCUGCUGUCUGGAAUGCCGAACAGCAAAGGAUAUUGUGGAAGAUCCCCGAUAUCUCUCAGAAGUCAGAAAAUGGAGGUGUGGGGUCUCUGCUGGCCCGAUUCCAGCUCUCAGAGGGGCCAAGCACCCCGGCCCCCCUGGCCGUGCAGUUCACCAGCGAGGGGAGCACGCUGUCCAGCUGCGACAUCGAGCUCGUCGGCGCUGGCUACCGCUUCUCCCUCAUCAAGAAGAGGUUUGCAGCAGGUAAAUACUUGGCCGAUAACUGAUGGAAGCUUAUGCAAGUCUAUGGAAAAUAAUAUGGAAAAUACCCAAGGACUGCUGUGCGUGGAACGGGUUUUAAUUACAGUUUAAGGAAAAUGAACUAAAUCCUGCACUCGGGACAUUUCUGUUGGAAGUGUCGACAACUUUCAGCAUUUUUUUUCCUUGGAAAACACCGUCUUGACCAGUCCUACAGUAUUUACUUCUAGAUGUAACAUUGUUAAUGGUUUUAAAAUGUAAUUAUUGUAUUUGUAAAUUGUACUCAUUCCAGUAAGGCUGUAUUUUGGCAGUUAGACACUUGAGUUUUAGCAUUUUACCAUUCAUGAAAUGGAUGUAAUUUAAACUGUGGUAUAUAAAUUUAAUAGUAGUACUGUUGAAUGGCACAAUGCUUACAGAGGUAGAUUACAUUUUGUCAAUAUAUACGAUUUAAAUACAAUACUGAUAGCUGUUAUGAAGGGGGUGCCUCAUAAAAAGAGAGUUAAGUAGAACCGACAAACUGAUCUACUUUUUCUUCAGUCCUUAGUAUGUCUCACCGUGAUGAAUAAAAAGCUCUAUCUUCAGGUUUAGCUGGUUUAACUCCAGAAAAAUAUUGCUGUAAAUGUGGAGGUUCCUAAUACAGUCUCCCAGCAAAAAGCAGAGAGAAAUGUCACCUCUACAAAAAGUUAUUUACUUCAAAUUUCCAUUGCAAGAAACCUCCGUGAACAUGCCCGUGUUCUCUUACAGCCGCAGAUUAACCGUCAGGAGUCCCAGCAGUGCGUGCAUAAGCGACGAGCGCUUCUCUUUGCCCCAUGUCCUUACACUUUGCAGAGUUGCAGAUAAGGAAAUCAGCAGGCAAAGAGGCUGGGUAGUAAAUCUGAGCUUACAGCACUGUCCGGAAACGUUAUUGCUGUUUUUAGGGUUGCAUUUUCCGAGCAGUCUCCAGAUUUUCAGUUGCAUUUCUACGUUCCUUUGCUCGCUUUUUCUGGGUUUUUUUCCCUGUUUUUGAAAGCCCCGUGGGUUUAGAAAAUAUUUUAAAGACAUGCAGCUCCCCCACGCCUUUCCAUUUUACCAGUUAGGCAAGAAAGCAUGUAUUUACAAACACUGGAAGACAAAUGCAGCCCAAGCCUGACCCUUGGUGGGACACCCAGAGCCGGCUGGGGCCGGUGCCGGUGCCAGGGGAGCAGGAGCAGCGCGGGGGGCUACCGAAAACCCACGGGGCAGGAGCUUGCCUUGCUGGUAUCAGGAGCAGCUAUCUCGUGGAGACGGGAAAACACGUAGAAGUGCUAAACUGGAGGGUGCAAAAUUGUCCCUCCGUGUUUUCCCCAAGCCGACGCGGGCUCGGAGCCGGGCUCCCGCGGUGCGUGCUGCUCCUCUCGGAGCAUCGCCUGUGCAGCGCUUGACUUCUAGUUGACGUUAGUCUCAGCCUACUGCUGGCAACAUGGUGAUAGCGUUCAUGGCAUUAAUGGUGCGGCAUCUGCCAAGGUGGAGAGCUUGGUUUAACGGGAGAAUUUGGCGAUACGAGGAAAAAAGAAGGGAUCUUUUGGAAAUGACAUGCAGCUGCUGUUCAGAUGCACAGGGAAGCAUAGGAGCAUCCGCUGAACGGGGUGCUGGGGACUUUAGAAAUAUGUAAGAUGACAAAUAGUGCUAAUUUUACAGUCACAAGUGUUGCCAGGAUUAGGCUUGUGCAUUUGCGUUGGAAAGCAGACUGUGCAUGUUAGGAAGUGCUUGCUCACAGAGCAGUUUGGAGUGACGUAAGAAAACAGAAAUCUGUGCCCGUCUUAGAAGAAAACAAGAAAAAUCUGGAGAUAUUUCAGUUCUGAGAUGACUCCCAGACCGAGAUAUGUAUGGUAGGGUGCUUGAGUUGUGUGCAUGCUCACAAAAGGUAUCAACACAGAAGAUAAAGCACAAUUUCAGUUAUGCAACUUCAUACAUCUUUGCAGUUUUUGAAAGUACACUUGCCAGUUCUCCUGGAUGGAGUGUUCAACUCGGUUAAUAAUUUUUCCCCUGAAAUGGAAAUAUGUAUAAACUGUGUAACCCACCCCUUUCUGACAUAGGAAUAUAGGGCAAAACCUAAGAAUCAGUUUUUGCAUAAUUGGUUCAUGCUGUGUACAAUUGUUAUAAACUCAUGCUUCCAAAAGA